AUGGCGUCGCCUGUCGAGCCAGCGUGCCCGAAUGCAGAACUACCCUCAACACACAUCAGGAUACCACCGUUCUGGCCUGAAAAACCCGCAAUAUGGUUUGCGCAAGUGGAAGGACAAUUUGCCAUCAUGCGAGUGACUGACGAGACGGCAAAAUUUUAUCAUAUAUUGGCCAGUCUCGAUCGCCAAUAUGCCGCCGAGGUAGAAGACGUGCUCACCGGUCCUCCCGAUUACCAGCGGCUUAAAAAGGAGCUGAUAAAAAGGUUGUCGGCGUCCCGCAGUAACAAGGUGAAGCAGCUAUUGACGCACGAGCAGCUCGGUACACGCAAACCGUCACAAUUCCUGCGUCACCUACAACACCUCGCCGGACCGGAGAUCCCGGAGGACUUCCUGCGGACUAUAUGGACCAGCCGGCUACCAACCACGUUGCAGCCGAUCGUCGCGUCGCAGUCGACGCUUCCAUUGGACGCACUCGCCGAGCUCGCCGACCGUGUCCACGAGAUCGCAGCCCCAGUACACCACGUUGCGGCAGCCGUGACGUCAUCAUCAUCAUCGUCAUCACAAAUCGACAGGCUGUCCCAACAAGUAGCGGAGCUGACGCGGCAAGUCAGCGCCCUGACGACGCAGGUGCAUCAUCAACCGCGGCCGCAGGAGCGCGGGCGCGAACGUGGACGUCAACGACAACGCAGCCACUCAUCAUCACGCCGGUCGCAGUCACACUACCGCAGGUACCCCAUUUGCUGGUACCACAGCAAACACGGUGCCGAGGCGCGGAAGUGCGUGCGACCCUGCGACUACAAGGCGGGAAACCCGACAAGCAGGCAAGUGAUGGCGACUGACGACUGCCACAACUCUACGGGUCGCCUCUUCAUCAAGGACCGCAGCAAUAAUAUAGACUUCCUCAUAGACACUGGAAGUGACAUUUGUGUUUACCCUAUUCAUAAGUUGUGUGAACGCGUGCUAAAACUAGUUAUCAGCUCAGUGCUGCCAAUGGUACAGUUAUAG